AUGAAUUUCAUUAAAGAGGAAGAACAAAGCAAAUGUGUAGAGGAUAAAGGUUUUAAAUUGUUUUACAUUAAUUCUAAUAAAGCAAAAGAAUAUGAGCAUCAUAUUAAUGUUUUAAAGGCAAUGUCUGAAGAUUAUGAAACGAUAAAAAUAUAUGUGAUUAAUAAAGAAGAUAGUAAAUGUGAAUUCUUAUUUUAUAAAAACAACAAUCUUAUUAAAAGUUUUGCAAAUGGCCAUUUAGGUAGUAUGACUUCAUUUUUAAGAAAAUAUAUAACUUCAAAUAAUACUAACAAUGAAGAAGAACAUAGUGAAAAGAGAGUAAUAGAAAGAAUAGAAUAUUUAUUAAAAAAUAACAAAAUUAUUCUCUUUAUGAAGGGAAGUAAGCAUUUUCCUCAGUGUAAAUUUAGUAAUGCUGUUAUAUUUAUUUUGAAUAAUUUAAAAAUAAAAUAUGAGACUUACGAUAUUUUACAAGAUGAAGAAGUUAGAAAUAAAUUGAAGAUUUACUCUAAUUGGCCAACUUAUCCACAACUAUAUAUUAAUAGUGAACUAAUAGGUGGUCAUGAUAUUAUUAAGAGUAUGUUUGAGAAUGAUGAAUUAAAAUCAAUAAUACCUGAGGAUUGCUUUGAACAUUAG